UCUCUUCAAAACCUCUUCCUCUUCUCUUCUUAUCCUCGUCCUAAAAACUGGUCAAAAUCUAUCCAAUCCAAUUCCUUCUUAUCAUCUUCUUUGCUGCCUAUAGAAUUGAAAAAUUCUUUCAGACCCUUUUCCAACCUCUAUAAUAAUCUAAUCUCCUCCACACACAUCAUCAAUCACCACAGAUCUUCUUCUCCUUCCUCCCAAAACCUAAUUCGAUUCUCUUGCACACGAUCGUUGCUAACUUGUUCGUACACAUGUUAUGCAGUUAUGAAUGAUUGAGAGACAACACCAAUGUCUUCUCCAGUAAUCUGCGAGAUUCUCCUCUCUGGCUUCACCAUAAACUCUUCUCUAAGACGCAGGACACACUUGGUUCAAUCUUUCUCGGUUGUUUUCCUCCACUGGUUCUACGUUUUCUCAUGAACUAAAUCAACCAACCUCCUACCAAAAUAAUAACAUUUAUUUCCCGAAAAACAACAUAGUAUAGUACCACUUGUGUUUUUUUUUUUUUAGCUAGGAAAUUAGAUUCAUCAAUCAAUUAUUGCACAAAUAGCACCGAUGGCUUCUCCCGGUGGAGCCUGUUCGUCUGGUUCCAGUUCUCUUCAAAACUCUGGCUCCGAGGGCGACCGAGACAUGGUGGAUCAGAGAAAGAGGAAGAGAAUGCAAUCGAACAGGGAAUCGGCACGUAGAUCUCGGAUGAGGAAACAGCAGCACCUGGAAGGUUUGAGUGCCCAAUUGGAUGAGCUGAAAAAGGAGAACAAUGAGAUGAACAGGAACAUAGGCAUGACGACGCAGGUGUACCUGAAGGUGGAAGCUGAGAACGCGAUUCUGAGGGCGCAGAUGGCGGAACUCAGCAACAGAUUGAACUCUCUGAACGAAAUCAUCGGUUUCAUAAACUCCACGAACUACUUGGUGUUGGAUGAGGCACAGGAGACUCAGAUGUUCAAUGAUUGUGGCUUCAUGGAUGCUUGGACUGGAAUACCCUUCAACCAACAAAUCAUGGCUUCCGCCGACAAUGACAUCUUGAUGAUGUAUUGAUAGCUGAAUUUUCGGAAUCGUUCGUCGACUCCAUUGUAACACCGCACUGUCGUGUUUUCAUGUCUCUCUUGUUAAUUUGUUUUCCAUUUUCUUGUAAUGUUCUAUUGUUUUCUCACUUUAUGUUCUGUUAAGCUUGUUUGUAUUUCAAGUGGGGCUUUCUUUUUCUUCUCCACAAAUUAAGAAUGGAUCCUUUAAUUUCUAUAUAUA